AUGCACCCUACAUAUCUGUAUGUCCCCGAGUGCAAGGAGGUCCUCCGGCUGGUCCAACUUGCGCACGAGGAGCACCCGUUUUCAGGGUUCUCGGGCAAAUCUUUCAACACCAUUGGGUAUUUGGCUAUCCACAAAGACAUAUACCCGAUAUACGUGGACGAAACCUACAGGAAGGUCAAGCCAUGGCUGGCGGUAAUAAAAAAUAUAGGGACCCUGGGUAUCACCGACAGUGUGGACAUCACCCGUACUCACCCAUUGUUUGAAUCAACGGAUGCUGAUGGAGAAUUCAUUCGGAAGGAGGUAAAGGCCUCCUAUUGUAGGCCGAAUGAACUGGGUGAGCCAAGACCUAUGUGGUUGCUUGCCGAGCUAUCGCAUGCCUCUGUAAAAUUCCACCCGCCACUAUUUCUGGAUGGGUUCCCACCCCCCGCAUAUCCUGUUCCUGCAGAGAACCUAAUAUAUGCGUACGAGAUAUCACAUGCUACCCUUUCGACUGCCAAAGUUGAGACACCCCUACUGGCUCCUCCUGCACCCAUCUCUGUUAACAUGCCAUUCACACCUCCCGAAUCUCUUGACAUCCGGUACGCCACUAGUGAAUCUCUCGAUGUGCAGGCCCUCGGUAUGCAGGCCCUCGAUGUGCAGGCCUACGACAUGCGGCCCUUCGAUAUGCAGUCCCUCGAUAUAGAUAUGUCCCUUGUAGAUCCUCUAGACUUGGGUAACCACGUUUUCUGGCCACUACCCUCUGACAUCUCCGCCAGCGGUAUGACAGCACCUGAUACUUUUGAGGAACCUCAUACUCUGGUUGGCGAUCCAGCCCCCACCAAUUCGGAUAUGGAUUUGUAUCCAGAGCUCGCCUGGAAAGACUCUGAUAAUCUAUGGGGGAAUUUGGAUGAGGACGACAAAAAAAGAUACAGAAUUGUGGUGCAAAAGACAGGCUGGGAGCAAGUCUUGAAGCUCACGAAAUGCCUGUUCUUGGGCAGUCUGUGGGUCGGACUCCAUGGAAAUCCAUUCAGGGUUUCAGCAGUGGAAACACGACGCCUCAUCACAAACAGCUUUCUAACCUCUUUACGGAUUGAUGGCAAGAUGUACUCGCAGUUUGUCGAACACCCGUUGGUCUUGCAUCAUACCACUAUCGGGUGGUCGGUCAUCCGCACCAGUCUAGUUAAAAUGCUCGACAACGCGAAGGGUGAAUUGCGAAAAAUCCUGAAGGGAGCCAUGACCCACUAUACUGGGUUUUGUGGUAGCUUGCCCUUGCAUAGGAAAAACAAAAUCAUUUAUUUCGUUACGCUUUUCAACUCAAAAGAACUUCGUGAUAUACAAAACACCAUCGCCCUAUUUAUAGGGCUGCAAGCCUUCAGGGAACUGCUCUGGGCAGCGUUGUUUGUCCCGAUUGAAGAGUUGGCGCAUGGCAAAGAAGAUGGCAGGGUAGCAGACCUUUUUACCGAAGAGGUCUGCACAUCAACUGGGCAAUCACAAAAGCCCCAGGUAUACAAUACGAUGCUCCUUGUCUUGAAAGAAAUAUGUCGCAAAGAAGCCAAAAAGGAUGGUUAUUGCCCAACGGAUGGCCCUAAAUACGAGGCACAUGAGACCAUGAACGGAAUCAUCAUGUCUGCGCUUAGCCCGAUGUAUGAAAACCCAUGCGAGUUUGUUGACUUCACAAAGGAGGUGACGCACCUGCCCUUCAUCACGUGUGCGAACAUGCUGGGUUUUGACCCGAAGAAGCAAAUUCCUCGAAAAAAGGGCACGGUCGGGAAGAAAAAGGUGAUGAGAACUAUUGCCACACUCGGUGGCCUGCCGAACAAUGGAGGCUUUAGGUGUUACAGGUCGUUCACAGAUAUUUCUUACUCCCUCGACUAUUUCACACCUCCACCUGUGGCUGUAUCGGAGUAA